GCUAGCUCAUAUCGUCUUUACGUUUUUUUCUUCUCUUUCUAGAAGCCUUCAUUUGAUACGCCUGACACUGUUUUAAGGGCACCAGUCAGGAUAGCGCAGCACGUAUUGUUCCAAAUUAGCCUCUAGGAUUAUAAUUAUAACCUCGGGAAGAAAAAGAAACAGGUAAAGGGAAAAAAAAAAAGAGAAAAAAAAAAGGGGGGGGGGUGAAGUUUUAAAAUUAUAACCCAGACUGCAUACUUAUAAGAAAAGAAAAUGGCGGGACAGGACAGUUUCGUGCGCGGCAUUCUAGUGGUUCGUGUGUUCAGUGGGUUCUACAUGGUUGUGUCUAGUCUUUCACUUGUAACAGUCACUUUAGAAAUGUAGGACACUAAGGAAGUCAGACUCGUUUUCCAGUAUAUGUUAACCCUUGGACUCCUAACACAUUGAAAGAGAGGUCUCCCUGUGAUGACCUUCCCGCCAGAGAUGCAACCUCUAUACACCAAUGGAUCAGGAGCAGAGUUUAGAAUCUCACCAGCCUGUUCCUGCACUCUAUGAACAAAGAGCUAGGCUGUCCCCGUCCAAUGUUGGAAGUGUCUACCCCGCUCUCCAGAAUCUGCAACGAAUCAGCCAUGGUCCUGGUGAUGCGUCUGUAGGGACCACUCUUGUCAAUGACCAGUUUACCAGUCAAACCCUUCCGACAAACCAGACGGAUGGAGUUGGCCAGCAUCGGAGAAACAUCACAUCCUCCAGCAACCAAGAAGGGCUUGCGGUUAUUUCUGGGCCCACUUUGCCCAGUUAUCCCCAGAUCAGCCGAGAAAUCUCCUCAAGUCAUCCUGCUUCCUGCAGUUCCCACCUAGACUCUUCUCUGCCUGAUAUUCUUCACUCGCACGUCGUUCAGCCAGUGCAUCCCAUCAGGCACAACCAGCACAGGCAACAGAGGAGCAGAAACCUUAACAGGAGGGCUGGGGAGGCAGCGCCUUCCCAUCACAGAGCUCAUGGCAGCAGGCAUAGGAGGCGACACAGAGUUCACUCAGCGCCAGCAGCACCGACACAGGAGGGGUCGUGUAAAGAGCCUUGUGUAAAGUGUGUAGUUGUUAUCACAACAUUCCGUUGGGUUUUAGUUGUUUUGUCCAUUCUUGGAGUAUUUUGUGUUGUUACUGGAAUAGUUCUAGCAGCCAUCAGGUCAGCAGGAAACAGCUUCUUGUUUUUGGCUAUCAUGUUCAUUGGCUUGGGUGUCUUGCUUGUAAUAGUUGUUGGAGUAGGAUGGAAGUGCACACCCAGAGGUCAUGAGCCUCUCCAUGCACUCUUUGGGAUUGGAACAUUUCGCCAUGGUCACAGCAGAACAAGACAUCCAAGAAGGCAUCGAAACCGUGAUGGAAACUGGUUUGGAGGUUAUCUGUAUCCAGAAUUUCAAUACAGGUGUCCUCCCCCAUCCUAUGCAGCUUCUAUGCAAGAUUAUCAAAGCCAAGGACUAUCAGAGCAAGACAUUUCUUCAACAAGUGUCACCUCUGUAAUAUAUGAUGCACCCAGUUCUCCUCCACCCUCGUACCGCUCACGAGCUUCUACUGCUCACUCUGGCAUUCAUAUAACAUUUGAUCACGAGGGUGACCUACCGAACUCUAGGCCUCCUACAUAUAGGUCAAGGGCACCUUCACGUCGCCCAUCCAUUCCCAUAGGGGAGGUAAAUGAAGGUCCUAGUGCCACUCAUGAUGGAUCAGUCUCCAGUGAACCUAAUACUGCUGCCAUAGGAUCUGAUAACUUGGCACAACCUGGUUCAUCUGUGGUAACAGUCGUCAAGAAAAAAGAAAUUUAUUUACCUAGUUCCUCUGUGUUGCCUGGACAUUCUGGGGGAGGUGGGGGACCUAGUCUUCACCACAGAAUGGCUUCAGAGGAUCGCCAUGUCCUGGAACAUACCCUGCAGUCUUUAGAGGAGCACUUCAAUGAAAGUGGAGGUUUUACAAAUGAAGGGGCUCGGUUUGAUGAGCAAGAGUUGCCUCCAGACUUUAACACUUAUUUAUAGCCUUUAUCUGUAACUGUUGAAACUCCUGCGACUGUCCUUACUAACCACUGUUUAUAUGUACAUUGACUUGACAAGACAAUAAUACUAGUUGUUUACUAGCCCAUGUACUAUGCCUAAAUUAUACAUGAAAAUAAGGGGCAGUAUUUGAGUUAAAUAUGCACAAACCAAGAAACCAGCUCAAGUAACAUGAAAAGUGUUCCAAAGAAAUCUGGACUACAUUUGGUUCUUCUGUCUGCUGCAGUAAAUGUACACAAGAGCCCUAUUUUAGGACUAUUAAGUUGAAUCAAGACUUGACUUGUCUGUUGCCAGGAGGCUAAUGUUAUUGUGAGAAGAAAGAGAAUUGUUUCAAUCAAACACUGUCAUUGUUUUUUUUUGUUGUUGUUUUAAUACAUAGAAUACAUUGAAAGCAUGUAGUAGUAUUUAAAUUUCAUUGUUAAAAUUCUCAAUACUUGCUAACAUGAGGAUGAUUUUAUAAGUUUUAAUUGUUGGAAACAUUAAAAUAAUUUUUUAUUUAGGAAAUGUAAAUAUUUUGUGUGUUUUUUUUUUAAUUGUUUCAAAAGCUCAUCAAGUGAGAUUAAACAUCAAAAUAUUGAUAUCUGUGAUAGUCAUUGGUUCAGUACAGCUCUUUUCAUUUGUUGUAAUUUUAUGUUAUGAAAUAUUAUCAAACUAUUCUUUUACAAUCCUAUAUAUCAGCGGUUCCUAAAUUUUCUUAAAUUAGGGACUGCAAUAAAUAAUUUAAAACCACCAAAUUUGUUAAUGUUAAUUCAUUGAAAUUUAAUAUUUUUAAAAAAAUUCUUUGAUAUUUAUAAUGAUAUUAUUUGACAUGAGACUAAUAAAUACUAGAAUCUAUAGACAAAAAUUGUUUUGUAACAUUGACUUCUGCUUGUAUUCAAACUAAAAUUGUGCCCAAAUAAAAGUCUGGAAAUAGGAUUUGAGUUACCAAGGCUAACUUGAAUUACCUUUGAUGUGUUGAAAAUUAAAUUCAUAUUGAUCUUGAGAACAAAUGUAGAGUUUUUCAUUUUGUUAGGUCUUGGCAGUAGUAGAAACUUGAGUAAAAUUUUAACCAAUAGUUUAGAUAAUAGACAUUCAAACAUAUUUUCAAAGAUGAAGUUUAGAAAAUGUAAUUGAUCUAAAGGUGCAGCAUGUAAAUGUAAUGAAAACAAUACUGGAUCCAUUGUCAGAUGACUUAUACCAAUUUUAUAAAGUCAGCAGUGCUGACUUCUGAACAGUUCUGAGGUGCCACUCAUCUCAUAUUGAGUUUAUAAGUGCAAAACAAAUUGUUUCCCUAAACAACAUUUUUUUUUCAGGCUGACUUUAUACACUUCUAUUAGUGUGUUUCAUAUAUAGAGCAUACAUAGCCUGGGCGACAUCGUUCUGACCAUAAACAAUGCCCAGGCUUUCAUCUCGCUUACUCAAAGGAGGCCAAUGAAUAACUGAUAUUUAUUUGUAUUUGUUAAUUGUAAAUAUUUAAUAUUAACUUAUUACAUAUGUGAACAAAUUCUGAUUGUUUUUAGUGUUUUUGCUAAGGAUAUUUUCUGUUCAUAUAAAUAAAUGUCCUGUUAAAUUGUUUCAGCAUUUUUGUCUACUCUCUCCUAACCAUUGUUACAAGAAUUGUAUUUGGAAAAAUGUUACAACUUUUUUGUUACUGUAAAAGUUUGUUACUAUAUGUGCCUUAGGACUGUGCCUUAUAUUAAUUUAGAGAGAGAGCAUCACAGUGUCUAAAGAUAUUCAAUACAAGGUGACCAGAAUUUUUUUUAGACUAAUCCAGGGCUUAUAGUAGAAAACCCCCAAAAAUUAAGGGACUGACCUUGACUGAAAGGAAUGGAUGCUUACCUCAAUUAUAACUGCUCAAGUCAAUUUCAUUUCUCACAGUUAUUGCUGUUACAUUCACUUUUCUUUCUAGAAAGAACGUUUUUCUACUCGUGUUUCUUUCAUUUGUGUCUGUGUUCUUCAAUAAAUGUCUAUCUUCAUUUUCUUUUCCUAUUUGAAACUGUUGACUUGUACAAGACAGACUUUAUAUAUAUAUAUAUGUAUAGUAAAGACUAAAUGAAUGUAGGAGUGAUUGGAAGAAAUAGUUAAAGCACUACUAGUCUAUUAUUUUAUUAUGCAUAGCAACUUCUCUUCCAAUCUAUCAGUUUAAUGUAUUGAAUAUAAAAAUUAGUAUAGGUGCUAAGUUUAUUGAAAUAAUAAACAAUUUGUUUUAAAUCUUGAAAAAAAAAGCAGCAAUUCAUCUUGGUUUCUUUUAGCUGUAGAUGGUUGAAGUUAGAAUAGAAAUAGUUUAUAAUGUUAUGUGUGACUAAUCAGAAUGUUUUGACUACAAUAUAAAGUACUUAUUUUUUAUCUUCUUCAAAUGUCAGACAAAUCUCUGUUUGUGUGUCUCAAUGUUUUUAUCAAAUUUAUAAAACUGUUCUAUCUACACAUUUGUUUUAAAAUGUUUUGUUUCAAAUAGAUUUUUUAAAUGGGUAUCAACGUUGUUGUUUUUUAUAAGAUGUACAAACUUCAAUUGAGUGAUAAUCUGUUUUUACAAGAAAUUUUGUAACAUGAUUAUCUGGCAUGUAGCUUUUUGGGACAUUAUCACCUAGCUGAAUAUUAUUGAUAACAUGUGAAGUCACAGCAGAUAAAGUACAGAUAUUAAUGUAUAGUCAUGAGCUUUUUUUUUUUUUUUACUUAUCUAAAAUUAUAAGUCAUUAUAGUUUGGUUGUUAGUAGAAGUGAGGACUCUUACACUUGUCUAAGCAAGAAAAUUCUCUCUUAAUGUAAGAAUUAAUUAUUCUUAUCUUACCACCAAUAUUACCUAAGAUGCCACAUUACCAACAGGUCAAUCCCUAGUGAAGUUUGAACAAUAUCACUUUGCUGGUUUUUUAUUAAAAGGUAAACAAGAAUUGUCUGGAUUAAAAAAAAUAUUAGCACCUAUACAUCUUUUAUCACAGCACUCAGUUUCCAAUACUCUGGUCUAGGUGGGUUUUUUUUUACUUACUACUCUAUGGUUGACAUUCUAGCUAAAAUUACAGGUCACUUACCCUACCAUAGAACACGAAAACAACUUGCAGAAUCAAUGAUCUAUGUCUCUAUAUUUAAAGAAUUGUUUCUGUUUUUAUAUGUAACACAAGUACAUAUUACAGAACAAUAGAUUAUUAAAACCAGAUAACUAAAAUUUUUAGAUCUGUAUUUCAGUUUGACUGGACUCAUUAAAUUCACUUAUUGCUCUAGGUAUUCCCAUUGGAAAUGGGAUGACUAGUGGCAUAAACUUGUAGAACUGCUGAAAAAUGUAAACAAUGUUAUGUCCAACACAACACACCUGUGGAGAGAAGUGUGAGUUGAUUCAUUCUUGAUUGGUUUCUGAAAUGGAAUGUCAUUUUUUAAUACCUAUGUCAUGUUGUACAUUAUGAUUUGUGUAAUGGAGACUUCAUCACAUAGUUUUAUUCAAUUUUUCUUGUUGAACUCAUUUAGGCCAGAUUAAAAAUGUCUAAAAUCAAACUUGUGAAAGUUUUACCUGGCAGGCAAAGUGAAAUAUUUCAGUGAGUGAUACAAUUAUCUAUGCAAGUGAUUCAACUGAAAGUGUGUCAUAAUUUUGUUUUGACUGAUGAUGUCUAAGUUCAAUAAGAGGGAAGCUAUUCAAGGGAGACCAUCAAGGUCAUAGCUUUGGGAAACAAAAAAUCUGUUGUCUGUUAUUUGACCAAAUGUUUGUCUGGACAUUCCAAAAGUGUUUGUAUUCAAGUCUGCUGCUAGUCUUUUUAUUUUUCAUUUGAAAAGUUUUUAUCUGAUAAUUUUUGUAAUCUUGUAAAAGUCUACAAUUGUAUUUUUUUUUUCAUUGAAAUGUUCUUAUGAAGUCAAGGUACAAAGUUUGCAUACAAUUGUUUCCGUCUACAAAAUAAAACAAUUAUGUCAUUUCAUUCAGUCAUUUAUAUACUUUGCCAUGAUAUUCUACAAAAGGCAUUGCCUAUAAGUAGGAUGUAUUAUUAUUAGUAGUACAAUGUAUGUUUAUGUUUCAAACAAAUAAACUUUUUUUUUUCUUUGAUA